AUGGGGAAACAGUUACCUCCUCCACCACCUCCUCCUGGUGUUUCAAAUGGUAAUGGAACAAAAAGGCGGCAUUUGAAUUCACUACCACCCCCACCUCCUCCACCUCAAUCGACCACAACAACAUCGACUAGAUCAGAACCACCUAAUGGUGUUAAGAAACAACCACCUCCCGACUUACCAAUAACUCCACCUCCACCUCCCUUAAUUGUAAACGACAACACACAUCAUUUGAAAACCAAAUCAAAGAAUCGAAGUAAAAAAUCAGGUACUUUUGUUGCAACAAAUGUGGAAAUGCCACCACAACAUCUACGGAAAAUUAUUAUUGAUCAUGCAGAUUUAGGACUGAAAAGAGUCUCAGCCGAUAAAAGGUCACAUCUUGGCUCACUAAAAUACUUACCACAUGCGAUAUUCAAGCUACUAGAAAAUAUUCCACAACCUUGGGAAGAAUCAAAAGAGGUAAAAGUUUUAUAUCAUAAAACUGGAGCUAUAACGUUUGUCAAUGAAAUACCGAGAGUCAUAGAGCCAGUUUAUAUUGCUCAAUGGGCUUUGACUUGGAAUUUGAUGAGAAGAGAAAAAAGAGAUAGAAAACAUUUUCGGAGAAUGAAAUUUCCACCCUUAGAUGAUGAAGAACAAUUUUUAGAUUGGACUGAAAAUUUUGAAGGUACAAGUUUACCAAUCGCUAUACGAUCCAACGAAAUUGAUGAGAUGGGUGAUUUAAAAGAAUGGAUUUAUGAUGAUAAACCGUUAGUAGAUGAUAAUGACGUGGUUAAUGGUGAAUCUUAUCGUACUUGGAAUUUGGAUGCUGAUACUAUGCAUAAACUUUAUGAAAUUUCACAACCUUUAUUAACAAACACUGAUCAUCCAUAUAAAUCCGAGGAAUUAUUUACUGCGAAGAGCUUGAACGUAGCCCUUCCUGGUGGACCUAAAUUCGAACCCUUGCAUCAAGAGGGAGUGAUAAAUUCAGAAGCAGAAGAUCUUACAGAAUUCAACUCAUAUGAUCGAAUAAUAAUUAGGUCAGCAAUCAAGACUGAAUACAAGGUAGACUAUCCAUACUUAUAUAAUUCAUUUGUCAAAGGUGUUUCAUUAGCUCCAAUUACAAAUGAUCUUUUGUGUGAUGAAAAAUUAGACUCGAGUCUACCAACGUUCACAUUUAAUUCGAAAUUCAACUCAAUCACCUCGAGAAAACAGAAUAAGCAGCCAGAAGAAAAAAUGGUUUUAAAUUUUGCUCCAUUGUUCAAAUCACCGAAAGAGAAAACAUCUUUGACAGAACCUAAAUCACUUAAAUCUUCUGUAGAUUUAUUAUCAGCUCCAUUUCCAUUUAACCUUAGAUCAGGUAGAACCAAACGAGCAGAAGAUGUGCCCAUUACAAAAUCCUGGUACAGAAAUCAAGUGCCAAGGUCAAGUCCAUUAAAAGUUAAAAUUUCAUAUCAAAAGUUAUUGAAGAACAGUGUCAUUAAUGAUCUAAAAACCAAAAACAGAAGAACCAAAGCAAGUAAAAAAGCAAAUUUAUUGAAAAGUUUAGGAAGGACAAAGUAUUUUCAGCAAACAAGGAUUGAUUGGGUAGAGGCUGGUAUACAAGUAUGUCGACAAGGGUUCAACAUGUUGAACUUACUAAUACACAAGAGAGGCUUGACAUAUUUGCAUUUGGAUUACAAUUUUAACUUAAAACCAACUAAAACAUUAACCACCAAGGAACGAAAAAAGUCAAGAUUUGGUAAUGCGUUUCAUUUAAUUAGAGAGAUAUUACGAGCUAUAAAAAUCAUUGUUGAUUCACACAUACAAUAUCGUUUGGGCAACGUAGAUGCGUAUCAAUUAGCAGACGGAAUUUAUUAUGUUCUAAAUCAUUUGGGUCAUUUAACGGGUAUUUAUCGAUAUAAAUAUAAAGUGAUGCAUCAAAUCCGUCAGUGUAAGGAUUACAAACAUAUAAUUUACAAUAGGUUCAACAAACUUAUUGGCAAAGGACCUGGUUGUGGAUUUUGGCAACCAGCUUGGAAAGUUUGGAUUUUUUUUUUGAGAGGAAUUAUACCUUUGCUAGAAAGAUGGUUGGGAAAUUUAAUUGCAAGACAAUUUGAAGGAAGGAGAGCAAAUGAUGUUGCAAAGACUAUAACAAAACAAAGAGUUGAUUCUUAUUAUGACUUAGAAUUGAGAGCUCAAGUCAUGCAUGAUAUUCUUGAUAUGAUACCGGAAGGGUUGAAGCAAAGUAAAUCAAAAAUUAUCUUGCAGCACCUAAGUGAAGCUUGGAGAUGUUGGAAAGCAAAUAUACCAUGGAAAGUAUCAGGUUUACCAGAACCAAUUGAAAAAAUUAUCGAGCGAUAUAUUAAAGCCAAAGCUGACGGUUGGAUUUCAGUUGCACAAUAUAAUAGAGAUAGGAUCAAAAAAGGAACUCAUGUUGAAAAAACUAUAGCCAAAAAGAAUUUGGGAAGAAUGACUAGACUUUGGAUCAAAAAUGAACAAGAUAGACAAUCUGAUUUUGGUAAAAAUGGGCCUUUCGUACAACCGGAUGAAGCCAUUAAAGUUUUUCAAACAACAGUUGAAUGGUUGGAAAGUAGAAAGUUUAGUCCAAUUCCAUUCCCACCAAUUGCUUAUAAACACGAUACAAAAUUAUUAACAUUGGCUUUGGAGAAUCUAAAAUCAUCGUUCAAUACCUCUGCUAAAUUGAAUGCAGCUCAAAGAGAUGAACUCGCAUUAAUUGAACAAGCUUAUGAUAACCCACAUGAAUGUUUAGCAAGAAUCAAAAAGCAUUUAUUGACUCAAAGAAUUUUCAAAGAAGUUGGACUUGAAAUGAUGGAUUUUUAUAGUCAUAUACAACCAACAUAUUCUGUAGAUCCAUUAGAGAAAAUUACAGAUGCUUAUUUGGAUCAAUAUUUGUGGUACGAAGCAGACAAAAGAAAGUUAUUUCCUAAUUGGAUUAAACCUGCUGAUGAUGAGAUACCACCUUUAAUGGUUUAUAAAUGGUGUCAAGGUAUAAAUAACCUAAAACAUGUUUGGAAUACUUCAAAUGGUGAAUGCAAUGUGAUGAUGGAAAGUAAAUUAUCACAAUUUUCAGAGAAAAUAGAUUUCACUUUGAUCAAUAGGUUAUUAAGAUUAAUAAUGGAUACUAAUAUUGCUGAUUACAUAACGUCUAAAAAUAAUGUCAAUCUUACAUAUAAGGAUAUGAAUUACGUAAAUCAAUAUGGUAUCAUUCGAGGGUUACAAUGUUCAUCUUUUGUUUAUCAAUACUAUGGUUUGAUUGUGGACUUGUUGAUUUUAGGUUUAGACAGGGCUUCAGAAUUGGCUGGUUCAGUCAUGAGUCCAAAUAACUUCCUUCAAUUUAAAGAUGUUGAAACACAAUGUGCAUCACCUAUUAGGUUAUAUUCUAGAUAUAUGGAUAAAAUACAUAUAUUUUUCAGAUUUAAUGAUGAUGAAGCAAAUGGUUUAGUUCAUGAUUUUUUAGAGAAGAAUCCAGACCCAAAUUUUACAAAUGUUGUUGGAUACUCUAAUAAACGCUGUUGGCCAAAAGAUUCUCGAAUGAAAUUGUUGAGACAUGAUGUAAAUUUGGGUAAAGCCGUGUUUUGGGAAGUAAGUUCAAGAAUUCCUGCUACUUUGGCUAGCAUUAACUGGGAGGAUACUUUUUGCUCAGUAUAUUCUCGUGAUAACCCAAAUUUAUUGUUUGAAAUGUGUGGAUUUGAGGUUAGGAUUUUACCAAAAAUUAGAAGUGUUGCUAAUAGUUCAUCGCAGGAAAAUGUAUGGGAUUUGAUUGAUCAAAACACAAAGGAAAGAACGGCGAAAGCUUAUUUGAAAGUUUCAAAAGAGGCAAUCAACAAUUUUAGCAAUAGAAUAAGUCAAAUAUUGAUGACGUCUGGUUCGACUACAUUUACACAAGUUGCUGCGAAAUGGAAUACUGCAUUGAUUGCUUUAGUUACGUAUUAUAGAGAAGCAGCUAUCGCAACUCCAGAAUUGUUAGAAGUAUUAGUUAAGUGUGAAACUAAAAUACAAAAUCGUGUUAAGAUGGGACUUAAUUCCAAAAUGCCCACUCGUUUUCCACCAGCUGUAUUUUACACACCAAAAGAAUUAGGAGGUUUAGGUAUGUUAAGUGCGUCCCAUAUUCUUAUUCCUGCUUCAGAUUUGAAAUGGUCUAAACAAACAGAUACUGGUAUAACGCAUUUCAAGACUGGUAUGACACAUGAAGAGAAAAAAUUAAUUCCAACAAUUUUUAGAUAUGUUACUACUUGGGAAAAUGAAUUUUUAGAUUCUCAAAGAGUUUGGGCUGAAUACGCUAUCAAAAGAGAGGAAGCAUUAGCACAAAAUCGUCGUUUAACUUUCGAAGAUAUGGAAGCGAACUGGGACAGGGGUAUUCCUAGAAUAAGCACGUUAUUUCAAAAAGACAGACAUACCUUAGCAUAUGAUAAGGGUCAUAGAGUUAGGAGAGAAUUUAAACAUUUUAGUACUGGUAGAUUCAAUCCAUUUUGGUGGACUUCUGGUCAUCAUGAUGGUAAGUUAUGGAAUUUGAAUGCUUAUAGAACAGACGUGAUUCAAGCAUUAGGAGGUAUUGAAACUAUUUUAGAACAUACAUUAUUUAAAGGUACCGGUUUUGAUUCUUGGGAAGGAUUAUUUUGGGAAAAAGCUUCUGGGUUCGAGGAUUCCUUGAAAUUCAAGAAAUUAACUAAUGCUCAAAGAUCAGGUUUAAGUCAAAUUCCAAAUCGUCGUUUUACAUUAUGGUGGUCACCAACUAUUAAUAGAGCUAAUGUUUAUGUUGGGUUUUUGGUUCAAUUAGAUUUAACUGGUAUUUUUUUACAUGGUAAAAUUCCAACAUUAAAGAUUUCAUUGAUUCAAAUUUUUCGAGCUCAUUUAUGGCAAAAGAUUCAUGAAAGUGUGGUACAAGAUUUAUGUCAAGUUUUUGAUAAAGAAUUGGAGAUUUUACAAAUUGAUAAUGUCGAGAAACAAGCUAUUCAUCCACGUAAGUCUUAUAGAAUGAAUUCUUCAAGUGCAGAUAUUGUUUUGACUAGUAGUUAUAAAUGGAAUGUUUCAAAACCAUCACUACUAAAUGAUAAAGACGAGAAUUAUGUCUUACCUGCUAAAACUUUUUGGAUUGAUGUACAAUUGAGAUAUGGUGACUACGACUCCCAUGAUAUUUCAAGAUAUGCGAGAUCAAAAUAUCUUGAUUAUACAACUGAUGGUACUAGCUCAUAUCCAUCGCCAACUGGUAUUAUAAUUGCAAUUGAUUUAGCUUACAAUAUGUACGACGUGUAUGGUAAUUGGUUUCCUGGCCUCAAACCUUUAGUAAUGAGUGCAAUGAGAGAAAUUAUGAAGGCAAAUCCUGCUUUGUAUGUGCUCAGAGAAAGAAUUAGAAAAGGUUUACAAUUGUAUCAUGCACAACCACAAGAAGCAUUUUUGAAUUCCAAUAACUAUGCUGAAUUGUUUAAUAACGAUACUCAAUUAUUUGUUGAUGAUACGAACGUUUACCGAGUUACAGUUCAUAAAACUUUUGAAGGAAAUUUAGCAACUAAACCUAUCAAUGGUUGUGUAUUCAUUUUAAAUCCUAGAACUGGUCAAUUAUUUUUGAGAGUUAUUCAUACUUCAGUUUGGGCAGGUCAAAAACGUUUAAGCCAAUUAGCAAAAUGGAAAGCGGCAGAAGAAGUGACAGCAUUAAUCAAAUCAUUACCCAAAGAGGAACAACCAAAACAAUUAAUUGUAUCAAGAAAAGGGAUGAUGGAUCCAUUGGAAGUUCAUAUGUUAGAUUUCCCUAAUAUCUCAAUUCGUCCCUCGGAAUUACAUUUGCCUUUCGCUUCUGUUUUGAAAAUUGAAAAAUUAUCAGAUAUAGUAUUAAAAGCUAACGAGCCAAAAAUGGUAAUCUAUAAUUUUUAUGAUGAUUGGUUAACGAGGAUAUCGCCUUAUACAGCGUUUUCCAGAAUUAUUUUAAUUUUGAGAGCUUUAGAUUGUGAUGCAAGUUUGGCCACCUCCAUAAUUUGGUCCAUAGAUGCUGAGACUGAAAUACAUCAUAUAUGGCCAUCUUUUACAGAUGAACAGUGGAUCGAUGUUGAGUCAAAACUUAGAGAUUUAAUACUUGAAGAUUAUUCAAAGAAAUACUCAAUUGAUAUACAAUCGUUAACUCAAUCUGAAGUCAGGGAUUUGAUAUUAGGUCAAGAUAUUAAAAUGUCUGCCAUAAGAAGACAAGAAUUAGCAGAAAUUGAAAACAAUGGUAAAAAUCAAACUGAAAAUAAAGAAAUAUCAGCUCAAAAAUCAAUUACAACCAAUAUUCACGGAGAAAAGAUUGUUACUGUAACUACCACAAAUUACGAACAAGCAACAUUUUCAUCUAGAAAUGAAUGGAGAACUCGGGCAUUAGCUGCAAAUUAUUUACAUUUGAGAGCAAAAAAUAUUUAUGUUGCAUCAGAAGAGUUUGUGGAUGAUGAUUCAUUUACGUAUAUCAUGCCGAAAAAUAUUUUACAAAAGUUUAUUCAAAUAUCGGACUUGAGAAUUCAAGUUGGUGCAUUUUUAUAUGGUAAAUCACCUGCUGAUGAUCAAUUGCAAAUCAAGGAAAUUAAAUCUUUAAUUGUAGUUCCACAAUUAGGUAGUACCAAUUCUAUACAAUUUCCCAAAACUUUACCUGAAUAUGAAGGAUAUUUAAAAGAGCAAAAUUUAGAGUUGUUAGGUUGGAUCCAUUCUCAAUCUCAAGCAUUUGAUUAUAUGACUUCAUACGAUGUUACUGCACAAUCAAAAAUGUUAGAUGAAUACAAUCCAAGAUUCAUAAAUAUGGUUGCAGCAUAUACUCCUGGUUCAGUUACGUUAACUGCAUUUGAAUUGUCAAAACAAGGAUUUGAAUGGGGUCGACAAAAUAAUGACAUGAUGUCUGAUUCUCCUGAAGGAUUUGAUAAAGAAUUUAGUAAAAAAUCACAGCUUAUAAUGUCUGAUAAAAUUGUUGGUAAUUUCAUGGUACCAGAAGAUGAGAUUUGGAAUUACUUUUUCAUGGGAACAAUUUUUAAUGUCAAUGAUUUAUACAAUUUGAAAAUUGAUAUUCCAUUAACUUUUUAUGAUCCAUUACAUCGUCCAAUACAUUUUUCAAACUUUUCACAAUUAGAGGCUGGUAAUGAAGAAGAAGCAAAUCAAGAAAGUGUUUUUAGUUAA